AUCAGUCCCACAGCGACCGCGAAGGAGUGAACAGCGUAUUAUAUGUUUACAUAACGUCUACUGUUCUAGCUGAGCGAGCAAGCGCCAAGCCGGUUUUCUUCCAGCGCCUAGUGGUUAGGCACACACAUAUACGCUGAAGCGGUAUUCUAUUUCACUGAUUUAUCUAUACAUAAUCACAUACUUUUAUAAACACACGUGGAGACGUGGACGGCGCGCAUUAGAACCUAACCCCGUUUUGGAUCGUAUCAGAAGAAGGAGCAUCGCGCGAGACUGCCACCUACGAGCGAACAUUGAUCGAGCGAUUUUUAUUUCAAAAUGGUCAUUUUAAAGUUUUACAAGAAUCCGGGCUUGAAGUCCAGUCAGUUGAAAAGUAAAUUGGAAAAUCUCGUUAAAAUAUCGACUUCCAUAAAUGACAUUGAAGCUGAGCUGUGUUACUACAUUGAAUCGAAAAAUGCCCUGGACAAGAAGCAAAUCGAAAUUUUGAAAUGGAUUUUGUCUUCGCCUUUUGAGCCCAGUCAACUUGUCGAUUGCAGUCUAUUUAAAAGCGAGAAACUUGUCGUCGAAAUUGGACCGAGGUUGAAUUUCUCUACGGCAUUUUCGAGCAACGCAGUGUCGAUUUGUAAAUCUGUACAGUUAGAUAAUGUGACUAGAGUCGAAGUUUCCACGAGAUAUCUAAUUCACUCAACAAAACCUUUGGAUAAGAAGACUGAAAAUGAGGUUGUAAAUGCUCUACAUGAUAGAAUGACCGAAUGUAGAUACACAAAACCGAUUGAAACAUUCGACCAUGGAUUCAGGCCAGAAGAGUGGUUCGAAGUUGAUGUACUCAAACACGGCAGAAAAGCUCUAGAAGACGUGAAUUCAAAAUUAGGCUUGGCCUUCGACGAAUGGGAUUUGGACUUCUACACGAACAUGUUUAAAAAUCAACUCAAGCGAAAUCCAACCAGUGUAGAAUGUUUUGACUUGGCUCAAUCGAACAGCGAGCACAGCCGGCACUGGUUCUUCAAGGGUCGCAUGGUCAUCGAUGGAGAAGAAAAGGACAAAUCUCUGAUCGACAUGAUCAUUGAUACACAGAAGAGCUCAAACCCGAACAAUGUGAUUAAAUUCAGCGACAACAGCAGUGCGAUCAAGGGCUUUGAAGCCAAAACUCUGAGACCUACUCGUACAGACGCGGCGAGCUCUUUCCAGGUAGAAAACAGCAAGCAGCAUCUUAUCUUCACUGCUGAGACCCACAACUUCCCGACUGGAGUCGCCCCAUUCAGUGGAGCAACCACUGGUACAGGAGGUCGUCUGAGAGAUGUCCAAGGUGUCGGCAGAGGUGGCUACUACAUCGCUGGUACAGCUGGUUACUCUGUAGGAAACUUGCACAUUCCAGGCUACAAAUUACCCUGGGAAGAAGAGCAGGGCGAGAAGAACUCGGUCUAUCCGAGCAACAUGGCUCAGCCCCUCGAGAUCAUUGUGGAAGCGAGCAACGGUGCCUCCGACUACGGCAAUAAAUUCGGUGAACCCGUGGUGUCCGGUUUCGCCAGAUCGUUUGGUAUGGUAGACGCUGUUGGCCAACGUAGAGAAUGGAUCAAGCCUAUCAUGUUCAGCGGUGGCAUCGGCUCGAUGGAGGCCAACAUGACGGAAAAAUUGCCCGCCGAACCAGGAAUGCAGGUCGUUAAAAUCGGUGGUCCCGUUUACAGGAUCGGUGUUGGUGGCGGUGCUGCUAGCUCGGUCGAGGUACAAGGCGACAACGAAUCCGAGCUGGACUUCGGAGCCGUGCAGAGAGGAGAUGCUGAGAUGGAGCAGAAGCUUAACCGAGUGGUCAGAGCUUGCAUGGAGAUGGGCGACAAAAAUCCGAUCCUUAGCAUUCACGAUCAGGGAGCUGGUGGAAACGGAAACGUAUUGAAAGAGCUGGUGGAACCGGCCGGAGCCGUUAUUUUCUCCAAGAAGUUCGACCUUGGCGAUCCCAGCAUCAGUACCUUGGAACUGUGGGGCGCGGAGUACCAGGAGAACGAUGCCAUCCUGUGCAAACAAGAGGACACUCCGCUGCUCGAAAAGAUUGCUGCUCGCGAGAGGUGCCCGAUCAACUUUGUCGGCACCGUCACCGGUAGCGGAAAGAUCGUUCUCUCGGAAGAGGACGACUGCGACGCGUCUAAAUACACGAACAAAAGCUACGCGUCCAAGCGACGACACCCCGUUGAUCUGGAGUUGGAACUGGUUCUUGGCAAAAUGCCGCGGAAGACGUUCAAUUUGGAAAGAACAAAAGUCAGUCUUCGUUCCAUCAAGCUCGACAGCAUCCCGUCAAUCGAGGCAGCGCUAGAUCGCGUCUUGAGAUUGCCUUCGGUCGCUAGCAAGCGAUACUUGACCAGCAAAGUCGAUCGCUGCGUCACGGGUCUGAUCGGCCAACAGCAAUGCGUGGGUCCAUUGCACACACCGCUGGCUGACGUUGCUGUUGUCGGGCUCUCUCACUUCUCGACUGUCGGUAUCGCGAGCUCGAUCGGAGAACAGCCGAUCAAGGGUCUCGUCAGCGCGGCUGCCGGUGCAAGGAUGACGGUGGCCGAGGCCUUGUCGAAUCUCGUUUUCGCUCGCAUCUCCGAGCUCGAGGAUGUCAAGUGCAGCGGCAACUGGAUGUGGGCUGCGAAAUUGCCAGGCGAAGGUGCCGCUCUGUACGACGCGUGUACCGCCAUGUGCGACGUCAUGAAGGAGUUCGGUAUCGCCAUCGACGGAGGCAAGGAUUCCCUGAGUAUGGCCGCUCGCGUUGGCAAGGGCGAGGUAGUCAAGGCUCCGGGAACUCUGGUUGUCUCUUGCUACGCUCCCUGUCCCGAUAUUCGUCAAGUUGUCACUCCGGAUCUCAAAGCUCCAUCUCUGAAACAAACUGGAGCCCUGGUCUUUGUCGACUUGUCCGCUGGUAAAAGCCGUCUCGGAGGUACAGCCUUUGCCCAGGUUUACAAUCAGUUGGGUGACGUUUCUCCUGACGUAGAAAGCGCCUCCGCUAUCAAGCAUGCUUUCAAGGCUACCCAGAGCUUGAUCAAAGACGACAAGAUACUGUCCGGUCACGAUGUAAGUGAUGGCGGACUUAUCACCUGCGUCUUGGAAAUGGGCUUCGGAGGAAUCUCUGGAUUCGACGUAAACAUUUCCCACAAGUCGGGCUCUCCUGUGGAGAUUCUGUUUGCCGAGGAAGUCGGUUGGGUCUUGGAAGUCCGCGAGAGCGACGUUCCUGCUGUUCUCAAUUCUUUCAACAAGAAUCAAGCAGCGCCUCUUGCUCACGUUAUUGGCAAAUCUGUUGGAUUCGGAGUGAACUCAAAGAUCAGCGUAUCAGUCAACAAUAAGAAAGUACUCGAGUCCACUGUCUUGACUUUAUUCAACACUUGGGAAGAGACCAGCUACCACUUGGAGCUUCGCCAGACCAAUGCCGAUUGCGCAGCACAGGAAUACAAAAACUUCAAAGACAGAACGAGUCCUGCAUUCAAGCUCACUUUCAAUCCCGAUGUACCACUUCCAGUAAAACCAAACUUAAACAUCCCAGUUGCCGUUCUUCGGGAGGAAGGAUCAAACGGAGACAGAGAAAUGGCUGCAUCUUUGGUUCAAGCUGGCUUCCAAGUUUGGGACGUGACUAUGCAAGAUCUCCUCAACAACCAAGUUUCCCUCGAUAAAUUCAGAGGAAUCAUAUUCCCCGGUGGUUUCAGUUAUGCUGACGUGCUCGGCUCAGCUAAGGGUUGGGCAGCCAGUCUCUUGUUCCAUCCGACUCUGCAAAAGCAGCUGCAAGACUUUAUCGCCCGUCCAGACACCUUCAGUUUGGGAGUUUGCAACGGUUGUCAGCUCAUGAGUCUUCUGGGAUGGAUCGGCAACUCCGACGACGGAAGGCCGGACAUUCUCCUGGACCACAACGAUUCCGAGCGUUUCGAGUGCCGCUGGAGCACCGUCAAGAUCGAAAAAUCUCCUGCCAUCAUGCUCCAGGGAAUGGAAGGAAGCGUAUUCGGUGUUUGGGUCGCUCAUGGCGAAGGUAAAUUUACUUUCCGCAACAAGGACGUUCUCGCCAAGUUGAAGCAGCAGAACUGCUUGGCCAUCAAGUACACGGAUGAUAACGGUGUUCCAACCGAGAAGUACCCGAUGAACCCUAACGGCAGUAUUGAGGGAAUUGCUGGAGUCUGCUCAGCCGAUGGUCGCCACUUAGCGAUGAUGCCUCACCCCGAGAGAUGUACCCAGGCCUGGCAAUUACCGUGGGUACCAGCUGACUGGCAGCACAAGGCUACACCCUGGCAGAGGAUCUUCCAGAACGCCUACGCCUGGUGUACAUCGUCCGUUUAAAUACUUACAUCGCACUCGCGUACUUUCUCGCAUAAUCACUAAUUCAUCAAUAAGCAUUUUGUUAUUUCUACCUAAGAAAACGAGAACGUAAAUGAAUCUAACGUAUGUUACGUAAAAAAUCAUUUUUAUUUGUUAUUUUUACACGUGUGCCUUAAAAAUGUACAAUAAUUACAUUCCAUGUCCGAGUCGACAUUGGCAAGUAACGUUUAUUUUUUAAAUCGUAAAAUUUAAAAAAUAUUGUAUAUACAUAUAUUUUCUCAAUAAAAAUAAAAUUAUAAAGAA